CCACACAGGAGAUACACGAGAAGGUGUUGAACGAGGCAGUAGGGGCCAUGAUGUACCACACCAUCACUCUGACCAGAGAGGACCUAGAGAAGUUCAAGGCUCUACGCAUCAUCAUCCGCAUCGGCAGCGGCUACGACAACAUCGACAUCAAGGCAGCCGGAGAGCUGGGCGUAGCAGUGUGUAACAUCCCGUCGGCUUGCGUAGAGGAGACAGCGGACUCCACCAUGUGUCACAUCCUCAACCUGUACCGACGAAACACCUGGUUGUACCAGGCUCUCCGGGAGGGCACGCGGGUCCAGAGCGUGGAGCAGAUCAGAGAGGUGGCGUCCGGAGCGGCACGCAUCCGUGGGGAGACACUGGGCCUUAUAGGCUUCG